UGUUUUGGGCUCCAAUGGGAGGAUCACCAUCUCCCAAACUAGCUCACCCCUUCAUCAUUCUCUCCAUUACCAUCACCAUUCUCCUCUUCCAAACCGUCCCAAUCUCCGGCAGCUUUGCCAAAACCCUAAGUCGGAGAUCACUAGGGCUUAAGAGAGAAAAGCUCAGCCACUUCCGCUUCUACUGGCACGACAUCCUCAGCGGUCGCAACCCUACUGCCGUCAGAGUGGCCGGAGCCCCAGCGAACUCAUCGUCGACGGGUUUCGGUUUCAUGUUUAUGAUUGAUGACCCAUUAACGGAAGGGCCAGCUAUGAGUUCGAAACUGGUUGGGAGAGCUCAAGGAUUCUACGCAUCUGCUUCGCAGCAAGAAAUUGGGUUAUUGAUGGCCAUGAAUUUUGCUUUCGUGGAAGGGAAGUACAAUGGGAGCACCAUCACAAUACUGGGGAGGAAUACGAUUGUCUCGGCGGUAAGGGAGAUGCCGGUGAUUGGAGGGAGUGGGCUUUUCCGGUUUGCUAGGGGAUAUGUUCAGCUCAAGACUCAUAGCGUCAACUUUACCACUCGCGAUGCCGUUGUUGAGUACAAUGUUUAUGUAAUGCAUUAUUGA